GAGCGCAGUGCUGCGCUGGCUUCGGCGCCUAAUCUUGCGUCCCUCAUCGGCUCUUCCCAAGUGUCUCCAUCUCUGCUGCUCGCUGCCAGAGAGGAUCAGUCCUUCAUUGACCCGGUCAAAGCUGGAACAAGCACCUCUGUUUACAAGACGUUGAUGGGCAGUGUACCAGACAGAGGAGGACGACCUGGGGAAAUUGAGCCUCCUAUGCCAGCAUGGACAGGGAGAAGCUCGAAAGGCAACAGAGGGGGACGAGGAGGUGGACAAUCUCACAAGCAUAAGAAGAAGAAAGGGAAAAAAGAUUAACUUGUCCGUCUUUUUGGCCUUACUUAUCAAUUUAAGAAAUAAGCGAUCAUUUUGCUUUAUUGAAAUCCUUGUUGCGAGGUAAACUAUGAUUGGGAAGUGCUAUAUAUAAUUUUGUAGUUAUAAAUCUGUGUAUAAUUUAUAGUUAUAAGUCAUGCACAUACCAGAUUGUGUACAUUUCUAUAAAAGCAAUGAAGUACUGGUACAUGACCAGAUAUUUUGGUAAAAGUGGCGACUUUUGGUAAAAUGUUGGC